UAAGCCUUAAGUUAACCGAAAAAAUAGAAAACUCAAGGUAAAGUAGCUGAGCUAAAAAAGCAGAGGGGAGUAAACAAAACAAUGGCGGUGGCGGCAGCGGCAGCAACUACCCUUUCAGCUCUCUCUAUUUCCACCGUUAGCGCGGGAUUUUCAUUCCAUCCAAAACCCAUUCAUUCAAAAACCAACUCCUUAGCCACCCGAAGGGGCGCCGUUUUACUCUCCUUCCUUGCUCACACCUCCUUCCUCUCUUUAACUCCAGCCUCCGCCAUUGAAUUCGGCAUCUCAGGACCUAAGGAUUGGCUCAAAGACCAAAAGAAGAAGGCCUACAAGUUCCUAUUAGCCCCCGUCGACGCCUCGCGCGAAUCCCUUCGUUCUGCAUAUCUCUUGCUCAGUGCGUAUAGUUCUCUCUCUAACUACGUUCCUCCGCACAUUUCUUUUUAUGCAGAUUUUGUUCGGUUAUUUUUCUUUUCUUUUCUUUUCUUUUAUUGUUUUUCAGUGGAGCCCGAAGCUGUGUAUUCCGAAGAGGAUUUGCAGAAAUUUCAGGACCUCUUCAGAUCCGCCGCUAGGGAUUGCGUUCCGCAGGAGAGGAAUUCCUUUGUCAACUUCCAAGCCAACACCGGUGUAGAGGUGUGCACGUUUCGGUUGAUCGUGAAGAAUGCAGCCUCUUUGCUUGGAAAUAAGGAUCCUGUAAAGUUGAAAGCUGAAGACUUGCUAGAUAAUCUUAUAAGAUCUUUCACCUCUGUCACUGGGCUGGCAAGCAAAGCUAAUAUUCAACUCUCAUCAGAUAGAAGAAAGAUAGCUGACGCUGUAUCGGAAACCAUAUCUUCUCUUGACAAAUUUGAGCAGGGGAUCAGGGAUUGCCUUGAAAUCUAACUUUAAAAGGCAGCCUGAACUCCAUUUUGAAGCGGAAAGUGGAUUAUUCAGAAAUCAUGGAAGUAUGGCUGCUGCCUAUAUCUUUUGAAUCCAAAGUUUUGUUAUGUCUUUUCCUUGAUUUUUCUGUUUUGAUUAGGAGGAUUUCUUCUCCACCCUUCUCUCUGUAAUCUUUUGUUCAACUUAAUGAAUUUCUGAUUGUAUAAAAAUUGUUAUCUACUUUCUUCGAUUUCGAAAAAAAAAAAAAGCGAGUUGCUUUACUUA